AUGAAACCUUCGAAUUUUUACUUUUGGCUAUCUAAAAGUUUUUCUUAUGUUAAAAUCAUUUCUUUAUGUUUCAGAAUAGAAGACGACCAAGACAUGGACAGCGAUCCUCCUAGUGCCAAACCAGAACCUCAAAAAGAAGAGCCUUCUCCUCCAAAGCCUAAAGAACGACCUAAACUUGAAGAUUUGUCACAUUUUCAGUUGUUUUGUGACAACAUAUUAAGAAAACUGGUCAUGAAGGAUCCUGAAGGAUAUUUUGCUAAUCCUGUUUCUGAUGAAGAAGCUCCAGAUUACAAAAAUUUGAUUCAAACUCCAAUGGCUUUUGCAAUAAUUCGAGACAAAAUUGAACAAGACGAAUAUCCCCAACUUGCCGCUUUUCGUUCAGAUGUUGAAUUAAUUGUUUCAAACGCCCAAACUUACAAUCCUGAAGGUUCUCUUUUUUAUUUGGCAGCAGAAAAACUUUCAACUUUAAUCAAAUAUUAUUUUUCUGAAAAAUAUUUGCUUUAUUUAAUUUAUGCGUUACCUUUUGGAAGAAUGGUUCCAAUUGAAAGAGUCGGGGUUAAAAUACCUAAUGAAAGAAAAAGAAUUCAAAAACAACUUAUUGCGAAUACAAGAGAAAGGGAGAGGAUGAAUGCUUUGAUAAAGGUUUCUUCUAUUUUAUUGGUAGUCCAGCCUAUGAUAUUUGCGCUUCCUGAGAUUUUUCUGGACUCCAAAACAAAGACAAUAUCAGCCCAUUCCUGGACUUUUUUAAAAAUCCCAAUCUCUAGAGAAUCCAUUAUUGACGAAAUUUCUGUAACGAGUCGUUUAACUUCACGUCGUCCAAAUUGCAAUUUAGUUUAUUUUGACAAUAAAAAUGGAGCUUUGGCAUUAAAUUUGCUUACUUCAAAUAAUUUGGAAGAAGAAGAGGGAUAUAAUGAAGAAGGAGGAGGAAAUUUCCCACAAAAAUUAAAACUUGGAGAUUUGGUAAAACCUUUGGAACAAGGCAAUCCUGGAAUGUUAAUUGAAGCUUUUGAACCUAAAAUAAAUCAACAAUUCCCCUUAAUUUCUUACACAAAUCCUGGACCUUUUGCUUCAUUUGCACCACAAUGGGAUUCGACUUGGGCAACACUUUCUAAAAGAGAUAGUCAAUUGCUCUUAUCUUGUUAUGGUGACCAAGACAAUGUUAGCGAUGUUUUUUCUCUUCGGCAAAUGGUUGAAAAUGUAGAUGAUGGUAAUUUUAUGGAUGAUAUGUUUGAUGAGCUUACUGAUGGAGAACAUAGCAAAACUAUAGCAGCACUUGAAGGAAAGGAAAUGGAAAAGUCUAAUGUUGUCGCUUCCAAUCCGCUGGAUGAAAAACUUGAACAAACUGGGAGUAUGUUACAACAAUUAGCUGCUGUUCAAAAUAAGCGUUUGAGUCAACCACCGCCUACAGCUAUUAGUUAUGCUUUGGUACCUGAUCAAGAAGAAACUCAUUUGGCUACUUCAAUAGCUCAAGAUCUCACUAAACAAAUACUUGAAUCAAAUGUCCGUCCAGGCGAUAUAGUUUCUCCAAAAAUGGUCCAUCAAGCAUUGGGAUUGGAUGCUGAUGAUUUUGAUGUUAUUUCUGAAUUUUUGGAUGUUUAG